GUCACGUAGCUUUACUACUACUAUAUAUAGCUAAACACGAUGACACAUCCCAUACCAGUAAAACUGCAGAAGCUCCACGGCAAGGUUGCUAUCGUCACUGGCGCCGCCAGCGGUAUCGGAGCAGUCACGGCGCGCCACUUCGCAGACCACGGCGCUCUCGCAGUCGUGAUCGCUGACGUCCAAGACGCCAAGGGCCGAGAAGUACUGGCUGCAUCAAUAGGCUCCCACCGCUGCACCUACGUCCACUGCGACGUCACCGACGAGGAUCAGGUCAAGUCCCUUGUCGAGUUCACGGUCAAGCACUACGGCAGCCUCGACGUCAUGUACAGCAACGCGGGGAUAAGCAGCGCGUUGGGUCAGACGGUGCUGGAGCUCGACCUGUCCGGGUACGACAGGGUGAUGGCGGUGAAUGCGCGCGGAAUGGCGGCGUGUGUGAAGCACGCGGGGCGUGCGAUGGUGGAGAAGGGGGUGAAGGGGAGCAUAGUGUGUACGGCGAGCUUUUUGGCUGACUGCGGGGCGGAGAGCUUGACGGACUACACGAUGUCGAAGCAUGCGGUGCUGGGGCUGGUGAGGUCGGCGAGCGUGCAGCUGGCACAGCUUGGUGUGCGCGUGAACUGCGUGUCGCCUGGUUUUGUGGGGACGCCGAUGGUGGCGGAGGCUUUUAAGAUUGGGGCGGAAGAGCUGAAGGAGAUGAUGGCAGCGGUUUAUAUCGGAAGAGAUGGGCCGCUGAUGGAGAAACAUGUGGCGGAUGCGGUGGUGUUUUUGGCGUCUGAGGACUCGGCGUUUGUCACCGGCCAUAAUUUGGUGGUUGAUGGUGGACUUGGCCUCAAGUCCUUAUCAUUAUUGAAACCAUGAUCUACUUGAUUUGCAUCUCAGCUCGAUCACUAUCGAGUACUAGUCGUGUACGUACUUGUCUGGAAAACCUACAUGGAAAGAGUUUUGCCUCUUUGUAAUAGGAAUAAAUCACACGCAGUUGUCUUCACUCUUUGA